AUGGUAGACAAAAAAGCUACCUACCCCCCCAUCGUCGAUGUCCUCAUCGUCGGCGCCGGCCCCUGCGGCCUAGCAGCAGCAGCCCGCCUACGCGAAGAAACCCCCUCAGCAAUCUUCACAGACGACGAACACCAGCGCUACCACUGGAUCAACAAGCACAGCGGACGGAUGCCGCUCGUACAGGCUCACCACCGGCGCGUCAAGGGCGUGCGUGCCGAAAAGUGGAAGACGUACAACUCGCGUUCACGACAGAGGACAUACUCGUCGGUCUCAACGUCGUCCAACGAGUCCGAGGCGCCGUCAUUAUCAUCAUCCGUGGACUCAGCGCCGGAUACCGAAGAAGCAAUAAUGGGUGAGGGGUCACUUUCCACGAUCGUGCUGGACGGCACGGGACAGCGGUGGAUGGAGCGGUGGAAUCGCGCGUUCGAGACGCUGGAGAUCGAGCAGCUGCGCAGUCCGAUGUUCUUUCAUGUGGAUCCGGGGGAUCGGGAUGGGUUGUUGGCUUAUACGGGGGAGACGGGGCGGGAGGGAGAUUUGUGGGAGAUUACGGGGUGUGUGGGGAAGGAGAUGAGCAAGCAUAAGAGGAAGAAGAAGAUGAUGAGGUCGAAGGCGCAAGCAGUAGGAGAAGUCGAGAUCGAUGAGCGAGACCGCAAAGAUUACUUCUCCCCUUCGACUGGCCUCUUUGCCGACUAUUGCGAGAGUAUCAUCUCGCGGUACGGGCUCGACGCCCCCGGUACGAUCCAGCAGCGUGAAGCCUGCGAUAUCAAAUACGACUACCACAUGGAUUUAUCGCCGACGGAGAAGAUCUUCACGGUGACGAAUACAGACGGGACGCAGUUCUACAGUCGCACGGUGGUGCUGGCUAUUGGACCUGGCCGGAGGAAGAUCCUCCCCUUCCCACUCUCUGCGGAGGAGACGAACGGCGCGUGCCAUAGCACGGAGAUACGGUCAUUCCCGAGUCCCAACAUCAGGCAGAAGGUCCAGCAGCGGCGGGAGACGAACGUCGUAGUCGUCGGGGGCGGGUUAUCGUCAGCGCAGCUAGUCGACAUGGCUGUGCGAAAGGGAGUGACUAAAGUUUGGUUUAUAAUGCGGUCUGACCUUAAAGUCAAACAUUUCGACAUCGACCUAAGCUGGAUGGGCAAAUUCAAAAACUACGAAAAAGCAGCCUUCUGGUCUGCCGACACCGACGAAGAACGCCUCAAGAUGAUCCAAGCCGCGCGCAACGGAGGCUCCGUCACGCCACGAUACCAGAAGGUUUUGAGGCAGCACGCCGCGCGCCACCGGGUCUCGAUGCACACCCGCACGGUGAUCACAGGCCGGGAGUACAGCCCGGAGACGCAGACGUGGCGUCUCACCACGGAGCCGCCGAUCGCCGACCUGCCGGCCAUCGACUACAUCUACUUUGCCACGGGGAUGGGUCUGGACGUGCAGGAGCUGCCCCUGUUGCAGACUAUGAGCCGCGAUUACCCGAUUGAGACGAAGGGGGGGCUGCCUUGUGUGACGGACGAUUUGAUGUGGCACCGUGAGGUCCCGCUCUUCGUGACGGGGAGGAUGGGGGCAUUGCGUUUGGGGCCUGGAGCCGCGAACCUUGAGGGGGCGAGACUGGGUGCUGAGAGGAUUGCUUGGGGUAUGGAUGAGGUGCUGGGGCGGGCGGAGACUGAGGAUACGACGGCGCAGCGGUCGAAGGAGUGCUUCUGUGGCUUGGGGAAUCGAUACGCGGGACUAGCGGAUGUGAGUUGGUGAGCAUCAGCCUCGACUGUCACUGUCCCGGACACGUGGGGCUAUCUUUAGGAUUGAUCCGUGUAUCUUGAGCCUAGUGGUUGCUAUGGGUGGCUCGAGGGAUGAGACUAUAUCGUGGACAUUGUAUAUACAUAGGUCCAUAAUACAGUGCUGU